AUGCCGGGUUUUCUCUACUCCCAAUUCUUCGUCCGCCCGUCCUACCCUGAGCAGUCCUUCGCUGAUCAGACGGUGCUCGUUACCGGCGCCAACGUCGGCCUCGGACUUGAAGCGGCCCGCCAUGUCGUUCGGCUAGGAGCCGCCCGCGUUAUUCUGGCAGUGCGCAAUGUACCUGCCGGCGAAGAGGCCAAGAAGGAUAUCGAGAUAUCGACCGGUCGGUCCGGUAUCUGUGAGGUGUGGGAAGUUGACCUGGCCUCCUACAAGUCGGUUGUAUCCUUUGGCGAUCGUAUCACCAAACUAGCCCGACUCGAUGCGGCCAUUUUAAACGCGGCAGUUGCAACUUCCAAGUUUGAGGUAGCCGAGGGUUUUGAGCGUACUAUUACCGUGAACGUUAUCAAUAAUUUGUUACUCUCGCUCUUUGUCCUUCCAGUGCUAAAGGCUACCGGCAAGAAGAUUCCUGAGAGCCAGCCACGCCUCGCAUUCGUGGUCAGCGAAGUCCAUGCCUGGGCCAGUCUCCCUGAGUGGAAGUCUGAUCACAUCCUCCAGACCCUCUCCGAUCAGUCAACAGCAAAGAUGGACGAGCGCUAUCCGCUAUCGAAACUCCUUGAAGUACUAUUAGUCCAAGAACUCGCUGGGCGAGUACGUGGAUCAGAGGUGAUUAUCAACAUGAUCAACCCUGGCCUCUGCCAUUCGGCCCUAGGACGCGAGCUUGGGUGGUCAUUCUACCUAUUCAAGCUGGUUGUCGCCCGCUCCACCGAGGUGGGAUCGCGUACUCUAGUCGCAGGAAUCACCAGCGGGCUCGAAAGCCACGGCGCGUAUAUGAGCGACGGACAUGUUGAAAAUACGGCACUUUCUCCAUUUGUGCGUAGCGAAGAAGGUCGACAGGCCCGCAUCAAGCUGUGGGACGAAGUCUCCACUAUCUUGGAGGGUGUGCGGCCAGGAAUUAUGCAGAACGUAUAG